CACCGACCGCGCUCCGCACCGCUGCUCCGCCACCUCCGCGCCGCCGCCAAUGAAACUCCUGUCGCUCUUAGUGGGUUUUUCCACUUUGUUGAACUCUUCCUACACUCAAAAUUGCACCAAGGCACCUUGUCUCCCAAACGCAAAAUGUGAAAUCCGUAAUGGGAAGGAAGGCUGCUACUGCAACAUGGGCUUUUCAGGAAACGGUGUCACAGUCUGCGAAGAUGAUAAUGAAUGUGGGAAUUUAACCCAGUCCUGUGGUGAAAACGCUAAUUGCACUAAUACCGAGGGAAGUUACUAUUGUAUGUGUGCCCCUGGUUUCAGAUCCAGCAGUAACCAGGACAGAUUCAUCACGAAUGAUGGAACCAUCUGCAUAGACGAGUGCAGUGAAUCAGCUGUCUGUGGUGAUCAUGCAGUUUGUGAAAACGUGAACGGUGGGUACAACUGCUCCUGCAAGGAAGGUUAUCACACAGCCACGGGAAGAUCCCAGUUCACAGCUAAUGAUGGCACUUACUGCCAAGAAGAUGUGAAUUCAAACUGCUAUUUAGAUAAUGCCUGUAUUGCUACAAAUAUUAAUAAAACUUUAUCAAAAAUUAGGCCCAUCAAAGAACCUGUGGCUUUGCUACAAGAAGUCUAUAGAAGUUCUGCGACAGACCUGUCACCGAUGGAUAUCAUUACAUACAUAGAAAUAUUAGCUGAACUGUCCCCAUUGCUAGGUUACAUGAAUAACACUGUCUCAACCAAGGACACCCCUCCUAAUACAACUCUUACUGAAUUUGUAAAAACGAUGAAUAAUUUCAUUCAAAAGGAUACCUUUAUGAUUUGGGACAAGUUACCUACACAUCGCAGGCAAACUCAUCUUACAAAACUCAUGCACACAGCUGAGCAGGCUACCUUGAGGAUAACUCAGAGCUUCCAAAAGACCACCCAGUUUGAUGCUAAUUCAAGCGAUGUAGCUCUCAAAGUUUUCUUCCUUGACCCAAAUCACAUGACACAUAUUCAUCCUCAUAUGAAAGUGGAUGGAGAUUAUAUCAAUAUAUUUCCAAAGAAAAGAGCCUCAUUUGACUCAGAUGGCAAUGUUGCAGUGGCAUUUUUAUAUUAUAAGAGUAUGGGUCCCCUGCUGUCAUCAUCCAACACCAUCUUUUUGGAACCCCAAAAUUAUGAUAAUUCGGAAGAGGAAGAAAAAGUCAUCUCUUCAGUCAUUUCAGUCUCAAUCAGCUCAAACCCACCCACAUUGUAUGAACUUGAAAAAAUAACAUUUACAUUAAGUCACCUUAAGACCACAGGCAGGUAUAGGAGUCUGUGUGCCUUCUGGAAAUACUCGCCUGAUACCAUGAAUGGCAGCUGGUCUUCAGAGGGCUGUGAGCUGACCUACUCCAAUGAGACCCACACCUCUUGCCGGUGUAAUCACCUGACCCAUUUUGCAAUUCUGAUGUCAUCUGGUCAUUCCAUUGGCAUUAAAGAUUAUAAUAUUCUUACAAGGAUCACUCAGCUCGGAAUAAUUAUUUCACUGAUUUGUCUUGCCAUAUGCAUUUUUACCUUCUGGUUCUUCAGUGAAAUUCAAAGCACUAGGACAACAAUUCACAAAAAUCUCUGUUGCAGCCUGUUUCUUGCUGAACUUGUUUUUCUUGUUGGGAUCAAUACAAAUACCAAUAAGCUCUUCUGCUCAAUCAUUGCUGGGCUGCUGCACUACUUCUUUUUAGCUGCCUUUGCGUGGAUGUGCAUUGAAGGCAUACACCUCUAUCUCAUCGUGGUGGGAGUCAUCUACAACAAGGGAUUUUUGCACAAGAAUUUUUAUAUCUUUGGCUAUCUCAGCCCAGCGGUGGUGGUUGGAUUUUCAGCGGCAUUAGGAUACAGAUAUUACGGCACCACCAAAGUAUGUUGGCUUAGCACCGAAAACAACUUUAUUUGGAGUUUUAUCGGACCAGCAUGCCUAAUCAUUCUUGUUAAUCUCUUGGCUUUUGGAGUGAUCAUAUAUAAAGUUUUUCGUCACACUGCAGGAUUGAAACCAGAAGUGAGUUGCUAUGAGAACAUAAGGUCUUGUGCAAGAGGAGCCCUCGCUCUCCUGUUCCUCCUGGGCACCACCUGGAUCUUUGGGGUCCUGCACGUGGUGCAUCCCUCCGUGGUGACAGCUUACCUCUUCACGGUCAGCAAUGCCUUCCAAGGGAUGUUCAUCUUCUUAUUCCUGUGUGUUUUAUCUAGAAAGAUUCAGGAAGAGUAUUAUAGAUUGUUCAAAAAUGUCCCUUGUUGCUUCGGAUGCUUGAGGUAAACACGGAGAACACAGAUAAUUACAGCUGCACAAAAGCCAAAAAACUGUGGAUGAUCAGUGCACAAAACUGACUCAAUCUAAUCAUUCAGCUAUGAAUUACCAGAUAAUCAAAUACUAGAAAUCAGUUUUUUCUGUUUACAGCAUAGGAACUGUAGAUAAUAAGAGGUGAAAUUAUGUCCCGUCUAGCAGUAGUGCACUUUCCUACACGACAUAGUUUGCUAUGUCAAAAACAGUACUGCAGAUAUUUGGAAAGUAAUUGGUUUCUCAGGAGUGAUAUCACUACACCCAAGGAAAGAUUUUCUUUCUAACACAAGAAAUAUACGAACGUCCUGAAGGAAACCACUGGCUUGAUAUUUCUGUGACUCAUGUUGCCUCUGAAACGAGUCCCCUACCACCUUGGUAAUGAGCUCCGUUAUAGAAAGCGGAGCAGGGGAGAGCGAAGGGGCUGACUGUGAAACGGGGGACAGGGAGAGGCUGUGAUAACAAGGAGCUGUAUUUUCAGUGAACUUGCUUUUCUGUAAACUAGAUGAGAAACUGUCGAGAAUUGAAUAAAGAAUUGAAGAAACACA